AUGACAACCGGAAGUUACUCAUUAGCAGAGGUGCUGGCAGUCGCUAGGAAACACCCUUUCUAUAACCCGGACAUUGCAUACCCCGCCGAUGAAGAAACGAUCCAGAAACUUCGGGAGGUGGUAACUGAUCAAAACGUGGAGUCUGAACUUCAAAAGCAGCCACUGCUGGGGAAGAAAACGCUAUACAAGGCCAUUGAAAGACUUACACAUGAUGUGGACCCGCGGAACACCUAUCGAGAAAGCUCCUAUAUGAGCAUCACCGGCGGUGGCUCUGGCGGAGUUCCCAUGAUGUUUGCCGUGGAUGUCCACGAAAACCGUCAACAGAGAUUUCAAAUGGGGAAGUUCCUCAAUCUAUGCGGUGUUAUCAAGCGCGGGGAUUGGGUCCUAUCUACUCAUUUGGCAGGAGGCUUUUACAGGUCACUCGAUCUCAUGACGGAAAUAAUGGAAAAUGCAGGAGCCACUGUUCUUAGCGCCGGAAGCUACAUGUCACCCACAGAUGUUGUCAAAUCUCUGGCCGACUACCAUGUCAACAUUCUAACCGGCGACGGCAGCCAGGUCGUCCAAACCGUUCAUCAUAUCUCCCUCAUGGCAGAGGAAGACCGUAAUCGCAUCAGUCUUGACAAGAUCAUCUACACCUCCGAGCCCUUGACUGGCUCUCAACGAGCGUUCAUCAAGACUAUUUUGGGUGAUGUCAUGAUAGUUUCCGUCAUGGGAAGUGCCGAGGCAGGCCCCUGGGCAAUCAGUAGUCCCGACCUGACAGGAGAGCAGAGCCUGACUAGCAACAGCACGGACUUCAUCAUCGACACGCGCAGCAUGCUGGUCGAGAUUGUUUCUCCCUCCGCCGUCGAUGGGAUAUCGUCACCUGAUUCGAUCCUACUUCCAGAGGGAGAACAAGGCCUCAUCGUGCAGACAUCUCUACAAAGACUUCGUAACCCGCUAGUUCGCUAUAUCACUGGUGAUAUUGGUUCCAUCCACCCACUCCCGAACGCGGCCUGUGCUGUGAUUCCCGAGGCUGACCAGGACCAUCUACGUGUAUUGCGCAUGCGCGGCCGUGAUCAUCGCUUCAGCUUCAAGUGGUAUGCCUCUUAUUUUGAGUUUGAGAAGAUUGAAGCCUUCAUGCAGGCGGAAGACUCCGGUAUUCUGCAGUGGCAGCUCGUUUUAGACCGAUUGGAGAGUACACCACAGGCGACGCUGGAAAUUCGGCUGCUUCGGUCCCCACCGCGGGAUGGCAUUGUAUCGAAUGACGAUCUUACCAAACGCUUGGAGACUUUCUUCCUUUUGUUCCCUGAGAAUGAACAUCUGUUUCGAAUCGUGUUUUUGGAUGGUCUUGGAGGAUUCGAGCGGAGUGCUACCGCGGGAAAGGUCAUUAAGUUUGUGAAUCGAUGGGGUUGA